GCAACACUAUAGGCAAACGUCUACACUGCGCUGAAGUUGUCUCAGGCAUAAAUUUCACGCUGUAGCUUUCACAAUAUGGAUCCAUAUAGGGAAUCAAAUGAAAUGAAUAAGUCAGAGACUUUUACAAACAGAAGAAUGAAUCCAGGAGCAAACAGUUUAUCAGCAAACGAGACAUAUCAAGAUGACAAAAACGCUAACCCGCAUGCCACCGCAAAUACGCAGGGUGCACAGAAUGACAGGCAAGCUCAAUAUGCUGGAGGGUACACCAUGAUACCACCCAAUGAGUCACGCCGGAGCAAACUACAGAGGAUGGCACAGAAGGAAGAACAAGAGCUACAGAAAUGGAAAGAGGAACAUCGGCCUGGCCCAGUCAACCUUGCCCCAGCACAGCUAGGUGGCUCCAUAUCAUUAGCUGAGGCCAGACAAAAGCAGUUUGUACAUUUACGACAAUCAAAACUUCAAAAAAAGCUGAAACAGGAGGAGAUGGACAGAAAAAGGAGGGAGGCUGAGGAAGAGGAGAAUCAGAGGAUGAAGGCUAUGCAACGGGAAAAGGCCAGCAGACUUGAGGAGAAGCGAAGGCAAGAAGAGCAGCAGAGAAGAGAAGCACACAGCCAACAUCACCGAGAGGCAACACAACAGUUUCUACAAAGGAUCGAAAAAUCCAGCUCGGCUCCAAUGGCAACGAGCGGCUCCCAGACAUCAUCAUCUUGGGAUCGAGGACGGGAGUACAGAGAGUCCAGGAGAGUGGAAGAGAACGCGCAUCUGCAGCAGAGGAAAGAGGAGCAGCGGAGGAAGAGUGAACUCCUGGAGGAAAAACAGAAAGAACUGGAGGAGCAAAGACAGAGAGAACUCCUUAUGGAACACAGACGCAUCAAUUCGGCCUGGCUGGACAGACUUGAAGGUGGUGUUGGUUCAGGUGGGCAAACGGGGCCUGCUCAUGCUCAUGUGGAGGACGAUGGAGACCGGGAGGCCCGUGAACCGAAUGGCCCUAUCAUGUCCCCAGGGCCCGGCCUGGCAGAGGUCCACUCAGACAGUGCAGGGGAGGAUGAGGGUGACCAUGAAUGGGCAGUGAUGAAACUUAUGAAUGCCUUUCCCUUCUUUGAGCGAGACUUCCUGGAGGACAUUGUGGCACAGUGCAAUGGUAACUAUCAGCAGGCUUACAGCCUACUUCAGUAGAUAGAGUCUGAGUUUUAUGCAGAAUUGUCACAGAUAAGUAUUGAUUAUUAACCCAUUAUUACAGUGCAUACAAGCGGUCCCUGUAAGGUGGUGUUUUGCUGUGAUCUGCUGUUAAGAUUUGAUCCAAUGGAUAAACAUUCAUCUGAAAUGUAUUUGUGUGGAUUUCCAUUGGUAGGCUAAGUUUUGUUCCAAAACACAUUGAACAGUGUAUUUUUCAUAGCAAAUACAGCACCCAUAGCAUUUAUGACUGUUAAACAUUCAAAUUCCAAGUGUCAUUUAAGUAUAAAUACGUGCUAAGGCAUCUGUGGUAAAAAUUCCUUGUAGAGGAUCCUUCAGAUGUAAUUCUUGCUCUGCACAAAUCCAGAAACAUAUAUGUGGUAAACACAAAAAAUUCUCUUUAGCUAUGGUCUUCCCUUUGAGGCAUUUCCUUUCAG